AUUGCUUUUGGUCACUGGUGGUCACCCCUCAGCCCUCACUCACCACUCACCAGCAGACCGACAGGUGAAACCAAAGAUAAGGUCCGGGACAGAUGGCAUGGCCAGUGCUCCAGCAGCUCCUGCUCAUCGCCGCCGCCACCACUGCGGCGGCGUCGUCCUCAGCGACGACGCCUGAUGGGCCGGCGCCCUGGCCGGAGCAGUUCCACGCGGUGCUGUUCACGAACCUGACCAACGUCUCGAUUGCUUCAACGGGCCCGCCGCUCCGCCUGCACGACCUGUACUACGACUGGCCGCGGCGGCGCAACCUGAACCUGAUCCGGCACCAGCUCUCGGGGGACCCGCUGUACGACGUGGAGUGGAACAACGGCACCACCUUCUACUUCGACUCGGCCACCUGCCGCACGCAGCAGGUCCCCGUCGGCGUGCUCCCCCCCGGGUGGCUCGCCGACGGAGGCGCCGUCUACCUCGGCCGCGAGACCACCGGCGGGAUCGACUGCCGCGUCUGGGGCAAGGCCGACUUCAUCCUCUACUACGAGGACGCGCUCACGGGGCGCCCAGUCCGCUGGAACUUCCUUGACGUGACGGGGUUACAGCAGUUCGUGAUGAGCUUCGAGGUGGGCGUGGUGCUGGAAGACGACGACCAGUGGCAGGCGCCCGCGCACUGCUUCCUGGAUGAAGCAGCCCACGGGACCAACGAGGAUGACGACCAUCUGGAUGAAUGGCAGGCGGCCAUGCUAUUCAGGAAGUUGGCUGGAGCUGCUGCCGCGUACUGAACAUGUCUGAAUCUGAAUAUAUAAAUAAAUAUAUGGUGUGUGUUUGGCUGGCGAGCCACUCGUACAUUACACGGGUGAACUAUGUAAUCUCGGGUUAGACCGAUCGUGCUUGUGUUAUCUUGUCUCUUGUCUGUUACUCGGUGUGUAUAUUUUGUAAUGUAGAGCCCGGGGUACUCCCCUUUUCCAAAGUAAUGAGAUGUGUGUUUUCACA